AUGGUGUUGGUUGAUGUGCCAUAUGAAGUGAACGACAAAGUGGCUGAUUCAAUGCUUGUUAAUACCAUAUUGAUGCUGGUGUAUGUUACUAAAUUUUUUUGGUGGGAAGCUGGAUACUGGAGCACAAUGGAUAUUGCACAUGAUCGAGCUGGUUUUUAUAUUUGCUGGGGAUGCCUUGUAUGGGUGCCUUCUAUAUAUACUUCUCCUGGCAUGUACCUGGUCAAUCAUCCUGUACACCUUGGAACUCAGUUGGCACUCUACAUCCUAGUAGCAGGCAUUCUUUGCAUAUACAUCAACUACGACUGUGAUAGGCAAAGGCAAGAGUUUCGCAGAACAAAUGGCAAAGCUUUGGUUUGGGGUAAAGCUCCAUCAAAGAUAACUGCCACUUACACUACCACAACUAGGGAAACAAAAAGCAGCACUCUUUUAACUUCGGGAUGGUGGGGAUUAGCUCGACAUUUCCACUAUGUCCCAGAAAUAUUAGCUGCAUUUUUCUGGACUGUUCCAGCUCUUUUUAACCACGCUUUACCCUACUUUUAUGUGGUGUUUCUUACAAUCCUUCUCCUCGACCGGGCGAAAAGGGAUGAUGAUCGGUGCCGAUCCAAGUAUGGAAAAUACUGGAAAUUGUACUGCGAGAAGGUUCGGUACAGGGUCAUCCCCGGAAUUUACUGAGAAAAUGUUGCACAAGUGUUUGUUCUAUGUUGAGAAUGGCAUGUAUAUUCAGCCUUUCCAAAUUAAAUGAUAGCAGGCUGGUAUCAUGUUGUUGUUAUUGUUGUUUUUGUAAUGGUCAACUUUAUGGAUGUUGUAUUUCUCUCAUCUUCAAUGACCAAAAACUUUUCUUGUUUAGGAAAA